AUGGCAGUGGGUUCCGAGACCUUUGAAGAAGAAAACAUUGCGCAGCAGUACGAAACGCUGUUUAAGAGGACAGCAGAGCAGGAGAGAAGGUACAACGAAAUAGACAGGAAAAUAAACAACGAGAUCAUAAGGCUGCUUAUUGUCGAGUACACUGCAGUCGAAAAAGAUAAACAAACACUGAAGGAAGAGGUGGAGAAGCUGGAGCAGGAGAAAGAGGCAAGAGAGGCAGCGGAGGCAGAGGUGGAGACAAAGACAAAAGAAACAGAAGAAAAAGAGAAAGCGCUGAAAGAAGCCCACAAGUCGAAGAAAGAGGCAGAGAAGCAGCUGGCAGACCUUCAAAAGGCAAUAGAGUCACUGAAGGCGCAGUCCGCACAGAAGUCCGAAGAAAAAGCAGAAAAAGUAGAAGAGAUAAAACAGAUGAAGUCUAAAGAGAAAGAGCUGAUCACUGAGCUGAAGGAGAAGGAAAAAACCAUCCAGAGCAAGGAGAAAGAGCUGGAGAAAGAGAUAGAGAGCAAAAAUAAGGAGGUUGAAAAAGCACAGAUAUUAUCCAAGGAGAUAGCAGAAGCGCAGAAAGAGCUCGACAAAAAAGAGAAAAAGAUCGGCGAAAAAGAGAAAGAAAUAUCUCAGCUAGAAACUGCCUUGAAAGAAGUGAGAAAAGUCAGGGAAAAGAAAGAGGAGGAGACAUACGAGAAAGAGAGAGACCUCAAAAGAAAAAUCUCUGAGCUGGAGGAUAAGAUAAAAGCCACACCAGAGUGUACCUCAACAAUCAAUGAAGAAAUAAACAGGCUAAAGAUAGAAAGCGAGAUAAGCAAAGCAAAGGUGGAGGAGAAGAACAAAACAAUCGAAAUACUGCAGAGCACAAUACAGCGCCUAGAGACGCUCUUUACACGGCAGAUGGAGUACGCGAUGACAAGCAUUCCAAAACAAGAGGCUGCGCCCAUAAGGAAAGUCCAGGAGACAAAAGUAGCAGCAGAGAGUAAGAAAAUAGCACCAGUUGAGAGUGUGCCUCUAGAAGCUGCACCAAGGGCAGAGCAGGAAAAGAAGAUGAAGUUGGAAAGCGUCCUUGAGAGCGAAUCCGAGGCAGAAAACUCCAUUAUUCUUGUUAAGAAAGAAAGCAAAGCACCAGCGAGUAAAAAAUUAAAUGGAAAAGCGAACAACAGUAAGCCUGCUGGCAAAGCACCAGUGAAGAGAAAGGGCAAGGGAGAGGUGAUCGACUUCAAGAAAGAGAUGACAAAGCAGACGCAGGCUAGAGAAACAAAAAGACAGAAAGAGUCAUCAGACUCUGAAAGCGACUCGGGGAAAGAGAAGAAAGACUUUAGCACGCUCUUUGGAAAGACAAAAAGCAAAAGCGUAUUUACAGGAAGACCAGAAGCAUCAUCUUUUUUUGCAAAUCUAUCGUUUUCAGAUUACGAGCCAGAGGCAUCGGAGAAAUAG